GGCUUUAUUUCUGCAUUGUAGGGGCCACUGUUGCAGGAGAGCCUGAGGGCAGGGCCCGCCGGUCCCUGGAGCCUCUGCAGCGGAACUUUCCCGGGCUCUGUGAGGUGUGGCGCCCACGCAGCUGCAGCCAUGGGGUCCGAGGACCACGGGGCCCAGAACCCCAGUUGCAAAAUCAUGACUUUUCGCCCAACUAUGGAAGAAUUUAAGGACUUCAAUAAAUAUGUGGCCUACAUAGAAUCGCAGGGAGCCCACCGGGCAGGCCUGGCCAAGAUCAUCCCCCCAAAGGAGUGGAAGCCGAGGCAGACGUACGAUGACAUCGACGACGUGGUCAUCCCGGCCCCCAUCCAGCAGGUGGUGACGGGCCAGUCGGGGCUUUUCACGCAGUACAACAUCCAGAAGAAGGCGAUGACCGUGGGGGAGUACCGCCGCCUGGCCAACAGUGAGAAGUACUGCACCCCACGGCACCAGGACUUCGAUGACCUGGAGCGCAAGUACUGGAAGAACCUCACCUUCGUGUCCCCCAUCUACGGGGCUGACAUCAGCGGCUCUCUGUACGAUGACGACGUGUCACAGUGGAACAUCGGGAGCCUGCGCACCAUCCUGGACAUGGUGGAGCGCGAGUGCGGCACCAUCAUCGAGGGCGUGAACACGCCGUACCUGUACUUCGGCAUGUGGAAGACCACUUUCGCCUGGCACACGGAGGACAUGGACCUCUACAGCAUCAACUACCUGCACUUCGGCGAGCCCAAGUCCUGGUACGCCAUCCCGCCGGAGCACGGCAAGCGCCUGGAGCGGCUGGCCAUCGGCUUCUUCCCCGGGAGCUCACAGGGGUGUGAUGCCUUUCUGCGCCACAAGAUGACGCUCAUAUCACCCAUCAUCCUGAAGAAGUACGGGAUCCCCUUCAGCAGGAUCACGCAGGAGGCCGGCGAGUUCAUGAUCACCUUCCCCUACGGCUACCACGCCGGAUUCAAUCAUGGGUUCAACUGCGCAGAAUCUACCAAUUUCGCUACCCUGCGGUGGAUUGAUUACGGCAAAGUAGCCACGCAGUGCACGUGCCGCAAGGACAUGGUGAAGAUCUCCAUGGACGUGUUCGUGCGCAUCCUGCAGCCGGAGCGCUACGAGCUCUGGAAGCAGGGCAAGGACCUGCCGGUGCUGGACCACACGCGCCCCACAGCGCUCAGCAGCCCCGAGCUCAGCUCCUGGAGCGCCUCGCGCGCCUCGCUCAAGGCCAAGCUCCUGCGCAGACAAAUUAGUCUGAAGGAAAGCAGACACUGGAGAAAGACUGAGGAGGAGAGGAAGCCCAGUCUAGAGAGGAGGAAAGAGCAGACCAAAAAGCCGGGGCUGGCGUCCCACCGCAAGCGCAGCCAGCCCAAGAAGCCCAAGCCCGAGGACCCCAGAUGUCCAGGCGAGGGGGCGGCGGGGGUGGCCCUCCUGGAGGAGGCAGCGGGCUGCGCCAAGGAGGAAGCCACACCCGAUGCCGACCCCGACGAAGAGGAUGAGGAGCCGGCGCAGGGCCAGGACGGCGAGGGGGCCGAAGAGGAUGGUAGGGGCAAGCUGCGGCCAGCCAAGCCCAGGGGCGACCGGAAGAAGAAGAGCUACAGCCCCCUCUCCCCACAGCUGCCACCCCAGCCCCCACCAGCCCCAUUCCCCACUGAGGAGGCCCCAAGGCUGGUGCCCCCCCUGGAGCUCCCGGCUGUCGAGGAAGGUCCCCCACCUGCACCCCUCAACGUGGUACCCCCUGAGGUGCCCGGUGAGGAGCAAGAGGCCAAGCCGCGGCCCAUCAUCCCCAUGCUGUACGUGGUGCCCCGGGCUUCCGAGCGAGACCAUGGGCUCCCACAGGCCACCCCAAUGGAACUGGCGGGGCCCGAGGACGAGGCCAAGGCCCGCGGUGGCAAGGUGCCGGUCCCAUCCACCUUCUCCAAGCUGAAGAUGGAGAUCAAGAAGAGCCGGCGCCAUCCCCUGGGCCGGCCACCCACACGGUCCCCACUGUCGGUGGUCAAGCAGGAGGCCUCCAGUGACGAGGAAGCCCUGCCCUUCUCUGGUGCUGAGGAGGACAUGAGCGAUCCCGAGGCCCUGCGUUCCCUGCUGUCCCUGCAGUGGAAGAACAAAGCUGCCGGCUUCCAGGCGGAGCGGAAGUUCAAUGCGGCGGCUGCACUCACGGAGCCCUACUGCGCCAUCUGCAGCCUCUUCUACCCCUACAGCCAGUCCCUGCAGACGGAGAAGGAGGUGCCCCUGGCCUCUGUCCUCGAGGGCCCCUCGGCCCCGCCGCCUUCCAGGUGUGGCCAGAAGACACGGCCCCUCAUCCCCGAGAUGUGCUUCACCUCCAGUGGGGAGAACACUGAGCCGCUGCCCGCCAACUCCUGCGUGGGUGACGAUGGCACCAGCCCACUGAUCAGCUGCGCCAAGUGCUGCCUGCAGGUCCACGCCAGCUGCUAUGGCGUGCGCCCCGAGCUGGUCAAGGAGGGCUGGACGUGUUCCCGGUGCGCAGCGCACGCCUGGACAGCGGAGUGCUGCCUGUGCAACCUCCGGGGCGGCGCGCUGCAGACGACCACGGACCGGAGGUGGAUCCACGUUAUCUGCGCCAUCGCGGUCCCCGAGGUGCGGUUCCUGAACGUGAUCGAGCGCCACCCCGUGGACAUCAGUGGCAUUCCCGAGCAGCGGUGGAAACUGAAGUGCGUGUACUGCCGCAAGCGCGUGAAGAGGGUGUCGGGCGCCUGCAUCCAGUGCUCCUUCGAACGCUGCUCCACCUCCUUCCACGUGACGUGCGCGCGCGCCGCCGGGGUACUCCUGGAGCCCGACGACUGGCCCUACGCCGUAUCCAUCACCUGCCUCAAACACAGGGCAGGUGGCCAUGCCGCGCAGGCCCUCAGGGCAGUGUCCCUAGGCCAGGUGGUCAUCACCAAGAACCGCAACGGGCUCUACUACCGCUGCCGCGUCAUCGGCACCACCACGCAGGUCUUCUACGAGGUGAACUUCGACGACGGCUCCUACAGCGACAACCUGUACCCCGAGAGCAUCACGAGCAGAGACUGCGUGCGGCUGGGGCCCCCGCCCGAGGGUGAGCUUGUGGAGCUGCGGUGGACAGAUGGCAACGUCUACAAGGCCAAGUUCAUCUCCUCCAUGACAAGUCACAUCUACCAGGUGGAGUUUGAGGACGGGUCCCAGCUGACGGUGAAGCGCAGUGACAUCUUCACCCUGGAGGAGGAGCUGCCCAAGAGGGUGCGGUCCCGGCUGUCACUGAGCACAGGGGCGCCGCAGGAGGCCCCCUUCCCGGGCGAGGAGGUGAAGGCCGCCAAGCGUCCGCGGGUGGGCGUCCCACUCGCCGCUGGCCCUGCCGCCGAGGACUCAGGGCACAGCCCAGACUACCUUGCUUUCGGGGAGCGCCUCCUGCACGCGCAGGCCCGGCCUGGGGCCCCCUUCUAGGACGCGGCCGCUGGCCACCCUCAGCCCCAUGGGGCAGCGCCAUCAGGUCUCCUGGGCCGAGGCCACCUUGCGCCGCGGGCGCCCCCUGCCCAGGGGGCAGGAGCAAGGGACAGCGCAGCCUGGACUCAGGGAGCAGGGCCCUAGGCCCACCGCCCGCACCCCUCAGAUUCAGCCCCUCGGCCCUGCCCUCCUCCUAAAGGUGCUACCGCCCUGCCACCCGCCCGCAGCCUCAGGGUGGGACUGUGUACAUAGCCGCCUUUGUGAAGUUCUUUCUAUAAAUACGUAUUGUUUAAAAAAAUUAAGAAAAAUGGGAAACAAAGAACAGGCAGAAGCCCCAAAGUUGUUUUUUUUUCUAGAUUUGUGGCUUUAAAACCAAUGCGUUCCUUUCUGCAGCCCCGAGGCGGGGGCUGAGCGGUCCCCGCGUCACUGCGUGUUUGUUGUUUAAGACCCCAUCGGCCGCUGAGCGGGCGGAGGGCAGCGCCGCGCCGCCUGUCCUAGUGACCCGGCCACCUGCAGGGACCAGCGGGGCAGGGUGCCGGGUGACGGCCAUGGCCAUCUCGCUGUCCGCAGCUCCUGCCUGCCCGGCAGUGCGGGUGCCCCUCCGUCCCCACGCCGCCGCCACGCUGUCCCCAGAGUCCCAGAGCCACCCCUGGCCUGCGCAGACCUUCGCAGAUAAACGGUGCCUCCCUGCUUUGCUCUGUUUCUGUUCUUCCCGAGAGUCGCUCCCCAGCCGAGGCAGGCGACGGGGGUCCGCGUGCAUGGCCAGGGCUCCUCUGCCCUGUCACGUGGUGGCAUCUGGGUCCCGGGAGUGAGGAGCCCGGGAGGAUGGGGACACAGCCGGGCCAGGUCCUCACGGUGGCCCGGGUCUGCCUGCGCCAGACGCAUACAAGGCCUGGUGUCCUGGAGCCUCUGCCCCACCCGUGUCGUCGCCGCGGGAGCCCCGGCCCUGGCCUGCAGGGAUGGCGCUGCCGAGUUGCCGGGAAAGUGGCGCCGAGGCGUGCCCCGGAGAGCCAGGCCAAGGCCUCCCGAGGAUGGCGCCCCACCCUUGGCCGCCCACGGCCCCUGCACACCUUCCCCCAGGACCGGAGGUCGCCUGCUUGUGCGAGGAGAAGAGGCUCACAGUGUGUCUGGCGGCCGCCGGGCGGAGGGACUGCAGACCAGGCGGCGCCCGGGAGCUGGGGGGUCCCGGGCUGCGUGGGCGCCAGCCUAGCCCAGGCCCUCUGCAUGCAGCUGCUGCCGCACGGUGCGGCACUGUACCCACGUGUAGUCUGGAAACGCUAUUUAUAUUGUAAAGAGAAGGAAAAGGCGGGCGGUGCCUGGGCGGCAGGCGGGUGACGUACCUUCCCCGCAAGACCCAGCUGUGCCCUGACUGGGAACAGUUCCCGUCCCCGCCUGAGGUGACAGACGGAUGGGUGAAUGGACGCGCUGUAUUUUUGCCUAACGUUCCUGCCUCGAGGUCCAUGAUAAAUUAAAGGCUCAUGAGCACUUCAACCUUC